CGUCAGAGAAACCGCCGGACAGGUAGAGCAGGUGACGAGGUGUCACAUUUCACUCGCGACUGCUCGUUUCUCAUCGACCUCAUGCGGAAAUACACAAGAAACACGAUUUCCAUCGCAAACACGACAACUUUGAGAUACUCGGCAAAGUAGGACCGUAAAGGCAUGGCACCAAAGUAUGAUGGGUUGUCCCACUGUAAGCUGGCCCUGGUGUUCGCGGUGCUGAUGGACCUGUUGGGGGUGAUAUCCCUGCUGCUUGGGGUCUUUGCCCCACUGGAGAUCCAAGGGCGGGACUUUGGGGAUCUGCUGGUGUACACAGGAGCACUGCUGGUGCUGCUGUCCCUGGCCGGCUGGGUCAUGUGGUACAGUGGCAACAUUGAGGGUCUGACCUCCAAAAAAGAGCUGGGGGGAACCAUGGGGGGAGCGGUGGACCGCCUUGCCCGCUCCCUGAGUCGCAGAAUACGGCUGCCAAGGACUCGCAGCAGCCCAACAUAAGAAGCCGCCAUUAAAUGACAGGCUGUAUCAAACCAGGUCAGACUGCCUGAGGCAAAGGAGUGUCACUGCUGUUACUCAUCUCAUGGAGUUGAUGAAGACCCAGAGUGAAUCAUUGUGUUUUUGUAUAGAAAAUGUAUGUCUCUGCUUAAUAUACUGUGUGUGGAAAAGACUGAUAUUAAUAUAACAUGCACCACUAUAGAUUCCAGUGUGUAAAGAUUAAAAAGAUAAAUCAGCA